AUGAUCGUGGCAAGUCCCAGUUUUAUAUUUGCUUAUGUUUUUAACACUACACUCACCCUUUUCCUAAUGUCUUCCUUUAUUUCUCCGGUAGCCAGGGAGAAUAUUACCAAGUUACAGUACCUUCUUCAGAACACACUUUACACCUAUGCGGAGAUAAUCUCGUCUCUCGGAUUUGAGUCUUCCAAGGAUUUAAACGAUACGGGUUCCAGUGCCGGAUCAAAAUCUCAAGUCGGCGACGGCGAUUCUAGCGCCAAUUCUCGGGACAGCUUCAAGGCUGGGAACAAACUGGACAUGAAUUUUAUAUCGGAGAAGGUUGAGCGCCUGGGAAUUUUAAAUGACCAAAUUCAGUCGCACGUGGAUCUACUGCCAGAUUCGUCACUUUCUCGAGAAGAACUGUUGCAACGCAUAGAUAUAGUCAAUAAGGAAUGCGAACGAGUUUCUGAGGAGAUAGAGCUAUUGACCUUGAUAAUUAAAUUUACUGUGCUGAAUAAGUCAAAAAUGGCCACUCUUUUCAGUUUGGAUGACACCUCGCUGAACGAUGACGACAUUUCUGUCAUCAACUUCAACGUUGAGAGGUCAAUUUCACCGCUGUACUCAAUAAUCCGCUCCUCUGUCAAUUCCGCCUGCGUACUUUCACAGACAGCCGGGUGCCUGAAGGAGUUGGAAAAGGUGCAGCCGCUAAGUUGCAACGUUUCAUAUCCUGCUGUCAACUUAGGAUACACUGAAAACAUCACUAUUCUCAAGAAAUUUGGAAAGAAAUUCGCCUUACUAUUCAACAGGCACAGACAGUACUACAAUAAGAGGGACCUGCUGUCAACACUGGAGGAGCUUUCGAGCAAGGUUAAUGAUUUGAAAAAGGAUAUUGAGGCUGAAGUGAAGACGAUAUUUAUGUACGAGAAGGUUAACUCCAAGUACUAUCCCCUUUCCAAGGAUUCGUCGCUGCUUGGCGUCACUGAAAAUGAAACUGAUCUCACUAUUCUCUACAUAAGGGACAAGUUGGAGGCCUCCAGCACCACCAUAUCGCAAUCAAAGAAGAGGAUCGUUAGGAUGUAUUUGGAGUUUGCCGUCAAGCUGUUCAUGUGCUUAAAGCUGUUAAAUGAGAACAUUCACUCCACUUCGUCGGCUAUAAACUCUGAGGUCACUAGGGAGCUGGUCCCGCUGAAAACGGAGAGCAACAAUGACAUUCGGUGCUGCAACAUUGAGCCCACUAAGGUGUCCCUCUUUAAACUACUCUCCCUUUCUUAUCACAAAUUCUCCCUUGAAAUUCAAAAGGAGAGUACUUUCCAGGAUCUCAGUAAAAUGAUGACAUUAGUGAAGGAGACUUUGGACGACGCAGUCUCCGAGGGAGUUACUGAGUUCUCCUUUGACGACCAGCUUGUGAAACUAUACUCUAUUUUAGACACGGAUUCUGCAUCCGCUACUUAA